AUGUCCGACACAGUUCCUCUUUUGCCAGGGAGUUUUGAUGCCGCUGUCUCACCGAUUUUAUCAGGCAAUAACAUUAGAGCUCGUACCACUGGUUCUAUAACUUUACAAGGCUCUUCUGAUGACAUGGUUUUACAAAGGCAUCGUCGUGAGGGAUCAACAGGCGAGGAGCCUAGCCGUUGUUGUAAGAAGACAACACCUAACCAGAGGGAAGCCAAAUAUCCAAUUGCCCUUGUAGCCUCUACAUGGGGUUUACUCACCAAUAUCGAAAGGGCUAUCAUCAUCCCAACUAUGUGGUUAUUCUUCAUUAAGUACUGGGGUCUUGAAACUGCAGCUGAGUUUUACGGAAGCACCCUUGGAGUAUUUAGCUUUUCAAUUCUGAUUGCUACUCCUUUGUUUGGCUAUGCUGGUCACUACGGAGUCAGUGUUAAGUUCCUGCUUCUUGUGGCUAACCUUUUGGAGGUGCUUGGAAACCUUGCCUACCUUUGUGCCCAUGGACCUUGGGCAGUUUUUGCUGGACGCUUGUUGGCUGGAAUUGGAGCUAGUUGUGAGCCUCCAAUGUACGCGGAUCUCACACGUUCAACUGAAAUUAAUGAACGAACUCCCUUCAUAAUCGUUCUCCUAUUAUCACGUCAAGUUGGACUUAUUUUUGGACCCGCAUUCACUCUCAUUUUGGAACGUUUAAAUCUAAAGAUUUUUGAUAUGGAAGUUAACGUAUACAACGGUCCAGGUCUAGUUAUGGCUUGUCUUUGGAUUCUUCAUUCCAUUCUCAUCGUAAUUUUCUAUCCUAACCUUGACAAAUCAGGUGCCUUUGCAGAUGACAAUUUAAAGGCCGCUCAGAUCACAAACACUAAGCCAAGCGAAGGUGCAUCGACUAAUAAGGCGGAAGUUCGAUUCGCUGGAUUCACUCAUUAUAGUUUUCUCACGCUCUACGCCACAACAUUUGUUUCUUAUUACUCUGUAAUGGCAUUGGAGUCGGUUCUCUCUCCGGUGGCCAAUCGUGCUUUUGGUUGGGGCCCAGUGGAAGUGAGCUACAUAUACAUCGCUGCAAGUGUUCUCGUCAUAUUCGUUUCCGGCAUCAUGCAUUUCCUGUCCAAGUGCAUCGAGGAUCGCAAGCUCAUUCUUAUUGGUCUCUGUUUUCUCGUCACCUCCUAUCUCUAUCUAACAGUCGUUAUCUUCACACUUGAUUCUCUUGGUGAGUGGGGCAAAUUUCUUGUUGUUACUGGUGUUGGAAUCCAUGUAAUUGGAAUGCCCUUUCCGUUGGCCAUCUCUGAAUCCCUCUACACCAAGUUUGUUCCCGCACCACGCCUGGACCAUGCUCAAACCAUCCUUCGCACUGUCAUUAAUGUGGCUUUCCUAGUUGGACCCUUUGUAGGUGGUAGUCUGCAGGCUCACCCAACCGUGGUCUUCUUAUCCAUGCUUCUCCUUAACCUCAUUCCUCUGACAAUGCUCCUUUCCAGAUUCUCCGACUUCCGGGUGACUUUAGAAGCGCCAUUAGACAGACCUCUUGCCUCCACCCGGUCCUCUGAUUCUCACCUCACCGUUUAA